AAUUAUUUCCUCCCUAGUUUCAUUUACCACGGUUCCAUCAGUUUCGUUUAAUUCAUUGGUACACGUGUAAAAGAAUGGCGGAUUGCUCGAAAAGUGCCUUGGCUUUUCUAAACGCUUAUUUAAGUGAUGAAAGCAGUGAUGAAGAAAUUCCUGGACCUAAAGUUUCCACCAAGAGACAGGCAUCAAAAGACUGGCCUACUCAUAAUCCUAAUAAAAGGAGAUCAAAUAAUGAAGAUAAAGAAAAGAUCCAAAGACCCAGUGGACAAUCCAGUGGAACACGACGGGCGUAUUCGUUCCUUCCCACAUGAGAGAGGGAACUGGUCAACAUACAUUUACAUACCUUGGAUUAUAAUUCCAGUUGAGCCUGGGCCAGCAGUCAGCUCAUUUGUUGAUGUUGUGCUGGAAUGCUGCAAGAUGUCAGUUCCUGUUAAACCUAUAGAUGAUCAUCAUAUCAGUUUAACACGGACAGUGGUGUUGAGGCAUCAUUGGAUUAACUCGUUCAUGGAGUCUGUGCAACAUUGUAUCAAGGAACUUCCAAGCUUUUCACUCGGCUUCAACAACGUUGGGGUGUACUGUAAUGAACAAAAAACACGUACCUUCAUCGGAUUAACAGUGGCAGCUGGUCAUAAGUCACUGAUUGCAGCAGCUGACAUACUAAACAAGUGCCUUGCAGAUUUCAAACUUCCUCCAUUCUACAAGGAACCAUCAUUUCACAUGAGUUUAGCAUGGUGUGUUGGCAAUAAUGUGGAACAAAUUGAGAGGGAUGUACUACCACAAUUACAAGUGGCCUUCCAGCACUUCAUGCAUGCUCAAAAUGACCAAUGGACCCUUAAUGUAGUCCAGCUCCAAUGCAAGUCUGGAAACAAAUUGUCCUCUUUUCAACUUGCCACUUGACUACAAUGGUGAUGACAGCAGUUUGUUGUCUGGCAAAUAGAUUAAAGCUCACUAAAUCUCAGUGUGGAACUGUAGAAUCAUAGCAGCCACAAGCAUCUUCGUAUGUCUCUUGUCCUGUAUAUCUGAAAUAAACAAUUUAGCAAGACAAAUUCUGCAUGGUGCCAGUAUCCAAAAGCAGGUUCAGCAUCAACUGAAAUAAAUUAAUACACCCCCGGUGGCCAAUUUGCCAUAUGAAUGAUUUUUGCUUCCUUUUGUAUAGUAUUGUAAAGACAUGCAUUGUAACAUGCAGAGAUAAACAUCUUAGCAGAAUCAAAAACUGGCAACAGCAAAGAGCUGAUAAAGUUUGGCUUUGUACAGUUUACCUCUUCUUUUAUAUGGAAUAAGUGGAAAUUAAUACUGGUACCUUAUAAUACUCUCUUAUCAGAUUGUUAAGUGGAUUGUGUAUCUUACACACAUUUGGAUACAGUAAUAAGAACAAUAAUACAAGUAGUUUCUGCUGUGAUAAUAAACAAAGUGGAUUAGGUACAGUUUUUGCAUAACCCAAAUGAAAUGAACCAAGUUGUAAAGGAUGUUAAAAUUGUAUUUAAAGGUCGCUGAAAGUGUUUAAAUUAAACAGAGUUCUGGUAAAGACCUUACCCCAUUUACCUACUUUGAAUGUGUGUCAGUCCAUGCCAUAUAAAGUAUUACAUGACAAAAAUAAAGAUGGAACACAUAUUUAUUA